AAAUUUAAAACAAAACAAAUUCUUAUCAGUAAUUCAAAUUUAUAUAAUUUAAAAUUUGAAAUAAUUUUUCAUUAUUUCAUUUUUUUGUCGUCGGUUUCGUUGGGUGUAAAACCGUUUAGAUCUAAUUAAAAUGAAUAAAUUCACUCGGGAAUUAAUAAUUAGUGAGAGUAAUAAAACAACUGCUAACAUUAAUUAUCUUAGGAAUUAUUGAUAGAAUCAAAGGAACAGCGUAAAAAAUAAUUUGAUCUCAAUGGAUUUCAGCGAACAAUCUUCCACAUUUAUUGAAACGCAACUAGCUUCGAUCACUACGUUCAAUAUACGUUUUUCUCAUUACAUUAUGAAUAUCGAUGAAAAUCUUCAUUCAAUUUUUAUAAUAAUCGAAGAACCUCGCGAAGAACUAGAAUUCACUGCAGCUCAGCGAGAAAAGCGAAUCAGAGCGGAAUUCGCUCGACGGUUUACAAGAGAUUAUCUGUAUCCUAUUCGGCUCAAAAUGAAUGAGCUAGAAAAUGAAUAUGUAUCUUUUUUGAGUAGUGAAAGCUGUAAAGUUACUCAAUCUACAAUUUUAAGGACCCUUGUUUUAGUGUUACUCAAAAAGUUAUCAAAUUCCACUCAAGUCUACUUGCAAUUUAUGAGGAAAACUCAAACCAAGAUUUUUGUGAAACUAAAAGAAGUAUUGCAUCUGAUCUCUCAUUUUUUAGAAAUUAUAAGGAAAAUCGUGGAUCAUCGUAUUCUUAGAAACAAUGACAUUGAAAAACAGUGUUUAGCUAUUAUGACCAACAUAAAUAACGAAAAGCAAAACUUCAAACCUGACAAAACUAUCGAAAGGCAAGAAAAAAUUCAAAAAUCCAACGAAUCAGGAAUGAAUGUCAAUAAAUCAAUCCUAAAGAAAUCUGUUGGCCAGAAAAAUAUAAAGAAUAAAGUUCAUUUUACCUCGGAAAAUGAAACUGAAAAAUUGGAUCAAAGUGAACAAAUUCACCAUGGUGCAUUCCCAAAUUGCGAUUGUUCGAAAACUGCUUUAGAAAUGCAUGAAAAUGAGCCAUGUGCCAAUUUGAAUUCAAUUGAGAGUGAUGGAAAUCAUCCCAUUCUUCACGAUUCAAUCUCAAACCUUUGUUCAAAAAUAUCGGAUCUCAUCAUUAAUGAAUUAGUAGCUCAAGUUGUUGAAGAAAUGAAUGAAUGUUUCAGAAGUUUAGCGUUUGAUGCUUUUGAAUUGGAAUUUAAAAGCUGAUUGAUUGUUUCAGCUGCCUCUUUUAGCUAUUUGCCAUUGAAGUGUUCUUAUUUUUUAAUUUUUUGAGUGAUUAUUCAAAGAUUUGUAAGCUGUGUGUUUAUUCUCAAUUUUUAUUCUUGAAUAAAUACUUUUUUAUAAUUUGUA